UGUUGCAAAAUCGUCUGUGCUGCGUGCUCGAGGAGCCCAAGUUUCGUCGUAGUGCACGUUCGUCCGUUCUGAAUUCAUCGUGAAAUGACUGUUGGUGUCGUGAUCUUUCGUCGCUCUCUGUCACAAACCAGCCGAUAACUACCAUGGAAAGCAGCGACGGCAACGCCUUUGUCCUGCCAGUGUGCUGGAAGGAUGAUGUGCGGAUGCGAGCGCUCUUCGCCGAGUUCCGCCCCAAGGAAGCGAACCCGGAAGGAUGGCAGGACAAGAUGGACUUCUGGGUGUCGCUCAUCCUCCAGUGGAGCCGCGAAACGAGAACGCCCGUGUUUUCAGCCAGCGACGUAGCUAUCGCCUUCGAACGUAAGCGGAGUCAGCCGGCAUGCCUGAGGACAGUGCUGUCGCACAUGAAGAAAUCGGGCGAUCUUAUAAACACCAAGGACUACUUCACCAGCGAAGGUUGGGUCAAGUGGGGCUUCGACACUCUGGUCAAGCGGCCGUUAACGUGGAUGUGGACCUGGGGUUCGGGCAGCGGCGAGGCGGACACCGAAAUCGACGAGAUGCUCGUCAACGUUGACGUCCUGAGGCAGCUUCAGCAAGAAGUGAUGAGGCGCUGCGAGGACGAAAGGUUCGUGGAAGACGUCAUUCCUUACUCCGAAGUCUGGAAGGUGUGCGAGGGCAUCUGCAAAGACCAGAGAUCGUUCGCUUACGUGCUGAACGGGCUGGAGAAGUCGCGCUACGUUCGGCUGUUCCAAAAGGACGGCAAGAAAGUCGUACAGUUCCUUCGCCAUAACAGCCAGCUGAGCGAACAGGAAAAGGCGAUGCUCAAGCUCGAGAAGGCCAAGCAGGACUUGAAUCAGAAGGUGGACUUGCUGCAGGGCGACAUCGACCGCUGCACGCGCGAGGCGCUGGAGGCCAAGAAGCAAGGCUUGCAGAACAAGGCCCUGCACAUCCUGAAGAAGCGGCGCAGGGCGCAGCAGGUGCUGGACAAGCAGUUCGCCAUGCUAGACAACAUCCACUCCCUCGAGAUGAACAUCCACGAGAACAAGGACAUCCAGCUGAUAUACGACGGCUACAAGACGGCGGCACAGGCGCUCAAGGUGGCCCACGGUGGCCUGGAAGCGGACAGCGUCGACGACGUCGUUGCCGACAUUAACACCACCCUGGAAGACCAGCAAGAGCUUCACAGGCUAAUGGGCAUGCCAGUGUCCGCGGCAGACGCCGAUGUUGACGAGCUGGAAGCUGAGCUAAACCAAAUAUUAAGGGAGGACGCGUCAGACAAAGAGGGACAGAAUCUCAGUGGUGUCUCGAGCAUUGACGAGGAGGUGAAGUUCCCUGCAGUUCCCACCGAAUCGCCUCACUCUCCGGUUAAACCAGAGCAAGCAACACGGCGUGAUCCCCGGUUGGCUGCUCGGAGUGCCCAGUAAACUUUCCUUUUGCCAGUCGUGCCUUACCUGCUGCAUUUUCAGGCUUACUUUAGUGAGCAUUGUGCAAUGUAACGCAGAAACUCUUGGGAGUUAUAUGUUGCGGCUGUGUUCUAGUUAACAAUGUGCAACGUAAGCACAGUGUGUGUCUGCUGCUUUCUUCUAAAUCCCAAAUUUGGAGGAUAUUCCAACAGUGUAACAGCAUUUUCGUGCUGUCCUUUUAUAUUGGAAGUACUGUUUCGUUCUUUACAAUAAAUUAUGAUUCACCAUUGUUG